AUGACAGUUACAAUAUUAGAUGAUUAUACGGUAAUUAUUAACUUAUCAAAAGAAGUAUUGUCUGCUAUUAAGUUAUCACAGAUCAAUAUUAAAUCUCCAAUUAAAAAACAACAAAUUAUAUCACAACGUAAUUUACAAAUUAAUCAUUAUAAUCAAUUGAAAUUAAAAGAAGAAAGAGAAUUAAGACAUAUGAAAAGAACAAGUAUAUCACCACGACCACCACCACCUCAAAUUGACUCAUUAUCUAGUCCAACAAAGAAGAAAGUCAAAUUUAAAACAAAAUAG